GGAGAGAAAAGUGGUGACAACGCUGUCGUAACGAUACUCUGCGAAAAUUAAUCUUUUUUUUUUCUAUAUCUAUAUAAAAACAUCGACAAAAAAAAAUAUAACACACGUGUGUUAUUAAUAUAAUUAACAAUAAAUUAAUCAUUGUAGUAUAAUCUGUAUGAAAAUAUAUUUUAAAAUUGCAAAAAUAAUUUUAUUAUUUAAUUCUUUAUAUUUUAAAGAAUUAACAAUCAUAAUAAUAAUUGAGUGUUGAAAUUUAAUGCUUGUUGAAUACGUUAUCAGUAAGUAUGUUUACUGAUACAAGUGAUUUGAAUAGUCAAUAAAUAGUAGAUAUAAUAUAUUAGAUACAAAAUAAUUAUGUUUUUGGAAAAUAAUACACCUGUUAAAUCAGCGGAUAAUUCUGAAACAUCCUCAAUUAAAUAUGGAGUAAAUAAUAUCUCCAUAUUGGAAGAGGAUCUUGCACUGAGUUCAUCAACAAUUGCAUCAUUACAAAGAAUUGAAAAAACAAGUGAAAAUGAAUCAACACAAUAUAAAUUAACAAUUGAAGAAAAUGAAGAAAAAAAAACACAAUAUAAAUUAACAAAUAAAGUUGUUUAUUUAAAUGAAGAAACAAUGGAUUGUUGUUAUCCUGAAAAAAUUAAUAAAGAAAAAAUCAUAAAGUCUGUUAUUGAACAAGCAUCUAGUCCAGAAAUGUUUGACAGUGAUGAUGAUGAUGAUGACAAUGUUGAUGAUAAUAAUGAUAAAGCAAAUAAUAGAAGAUCAACAUUUAAUCGUAUAUUAUCAAAACAAUUUAAUAAAGAAACAACACCACCAUAUAAACCAAGUCAAGAAGAAAUGAUAUUAAAAAGUGAUAAUUAUUUAAUGACUAAAAUAAAUAAAUAUUUAUCUGGUGUACCACCGCCACCAAGACAUACAAUUUGUCAAAAAGAUUGUAAUGAUUUUUUAACAUUAAUCAAAGAAAAUCAUAGAUUUUUUUGGAUUAAUAAUCCAUUUAUGACAGAUGAUAAAACGACUAAUGAAAUAAGUGAUAAUAAUGAAUUAAAUUUAUCAUCAUCAUCAUCACCACCACCAUCAUCAUCAUUAUCAUCAACAGCAGCAGCAACAACAACAACAACAACAACAACAGACAGCAAUAAAGAUAAUAAUAUAAAGGCAAAAAAUAAUGAAAUAAUAAAUAAACCAGCUAGUUUAAGAAAUUUAACAAAUGCAUUUGAUGAAUGUGAUGUAUCAAGUUCAUCAAUAUCAAAUAUAAAAAUAAAUUCAAAUGAUAAUAUUGAUAAUAAUAUAAAUUAUCAUACAAAUAGUGAAACAACAAGUUUACCACCAGCAACAAGUUACAUUGAAUCACCAUUAAAUGAUAAUAAUAAUAUAAAACGUGUUAAAUUUGAUAUACCACAAAAUGAAAAUUUAGCAAUAUUUAAAACAAUUGAUGUUAUUAAUGCCAAGGAUUUACCAUGGUCAUUAGCAUAUGGACAUAAAGCACCAGGUAUACAUUAUAAUAGAAAUAAAUAUAUUGAAGAUUUUGAAAAUUUAACAAUUAAUUUAUAUGAAAGAUAUGUUGGUAAUGAAACACAAUCAACAUGUACAUCAUGGUUUAAUAAAAAUCCACCAAAUAGUGUUAAAAAACGUGGUGUAUUAUGUAAACGUAAUAUUGGACAAAGUCCUGGUAAACGUUUAAGUCAUCUUGCACGUCGUAGACGUACAUUUUCAAGUGCAAAUCUUCAAGGUAUGAGUGAUAAACGUCAAAUAGUAUUAAAUAUUAAAAAAUUAACAAAUAAAAAAGGUAAAAGUCCACGUAAUUCAGCUAAAAAAAAAUUAAUACGUAGAUUAUCAAUUGAUAAUAAAUCAAGUCCACGUAAAACAAAAUUAGAAAUAUCAAAACGUGCAUUAUUUCAAAGUCCACCAACAAAAACAACAACAAUAACAACAACUACAACAACAGCAACAACAGAACGUCCUGGACCAAGUCAAAUAAAUCAAAAAAUAAAACGUACAUUAUUUAAAUCACCAGUUAAAAUUGAUGAUAAUGAUAAUUUGUCUAAAAAACGUAAAAGUUGUGAUGAACUUGAUGGACCAAAAUUAAAAUGGUCAAAAAGUUUAUCAUUUGAUAAUUUUGAUCAAAAAAAUAAUUCAUGGAAUGAUAGAUAUUCAAUGAAUUCUGUUAAUAUUAAAACACAAUCAGUAUCACAACCAGUUACAACUGAAAUGAGUGAUACCAAUAGAAAAAAAUUACUUUGGGCUGUAUCACAAGCAUUAAGAUUACGAGGUAUCACAAUGACACAUCCAAAAUUUAAGUUAUAUGCAACUCAAAUUGCUAAAAAAGUUAAAAAUUCAAUGCCAGAAUUAGAAAAUUUAAAUAUUCCACGUAAACCUGGUAGUACAACUGAUAGAAUGUUAAAAUAUGCUAAAAGGCAAGUUAUAUUAACUGUUGAACCAGCAACACAAACUUGAUAUUGUUUAAUUAAUUAUUAUUUUUUUUUUUUCUUUGUAUUAUUUAAUCAUGUUAAUUAUUAUUCUAAAAAUAAUUAUUAUCUUUUUUUUGCUUUGCUUUUUUUUAUUUCAAUUAAAUAUACAGUUGUCAUAAAACUGUUGUGUUAUUAUUUUUUUUUUAUAUAUAUAAUAAUUAUUAGGAAUAAUAUAUAUUGUUUAAAUAAUAAAUUGUGAUUUUUAACGGCUUUUUUUUUCUUUUUGUUUGUCCGACUUUAUAAUUAAUUUUGUCGAAUUUUUAAUUACCCAUUUUUUUUUUUUCCUUUUUGUUUUUAUGUAAAAUUUUGUGGUUAUUAGAAAAAUCGGUUAUAUAUAUUUACAUUUAUAAAUAAAUUAUAUUUUUAAAUUACGAAAAAAAAUUAUUAUAAUAAAUUAAAUUUGUAAAUAAAAUAAUUAUGUUUAAAUGAUAAA